CUGAGAGUCUGCUGAGUGUCUGAGCGUGCCUCUGCCCCAUGGGUGGAGUUUCUCUUCUCCAUAUUCAGGAGCUGGGAGGCUGCUGGGAGCCCCCUGCGCUCGGACGUAUAAAGAGAGCCCCUUAAGGUCCCUUUAAGACGAGACAAAUGAACCGCGAGCGCAAAUCAGCGGGUCCACGCAUUGCGAAACAGCCAGACACUUAUGGUGAGCUUCGAGGAGCCUGAGGAGAGAAACGAGGCCAGCGGAUGAUGAUGAUGAUGGAAUACAUGACGGACAAGUUCUCCAUGAAAAGUGAAGCGAUUAAGGCCAGUGAGUACUACAUGGGAGCGGGCAGCACGCUGGAGCAGGUGAUGGAGAGUUUAGAGAGCGUGCAGUACUACGACAAGACUUCACCCAAGUGUGUGCACUCCUACUCCCUCCAGACCAGCGAGCAGCACAGCAGAAUGGACAGGGCCUCGCCGUGUGACAACCAAAACAAUCCAGCGUACCGCGCGCCUGAGGCGGACGAGGAGAGCUCGCGCGCCCCCGAGAGCCGCGAGCGCAGCGACGUGGACGAGCUGGCGGAGAAAGCGGACAGUAACGUGUCCAGCAGCAAAAAGCGGCGCCACCGGACCACCUUCACGAGCGCGCAGCUCGAGGAGCUCGAGAAGGUCUUCCAGAAAACCCACUACCCAGAUGUGUACGUGAGAGAACAGCUGGCCAUGAGGACGGAGCUGACCGAGGCCAGAGUGCAGGUCUGGUUCCAGAACCGCAGAGCUAAGUGGAGGAAGAGGGAGCGUUAUGGACACUUGCAGCAGCCCAAAGGCCCUUACAGCAACACAUAUGAGCUCACGGCCUUACCCAGAACAGACACCUACUCACAGAUUCCCAACAACUUGUGGACGGCUCCAUCCUCUGGUGGCUCCGUGGUGUCGUCCUGCAUGAUCCCACGAGGUUCCCCGCCUUGCGUGCCGUCCCCGUACCCCCAUUCUCCUCGAGCCCCCGAGCACAGUUACAUGGGCUUCUCCAACCACCAGCAGAACCAGUUUGGCGUCAAUCACGUCUCCCUCAACAACUUCUUUGCUGAUUCGCUCUUGGCUCCAGCGCCCAAUGGGCACGCAGCGUUUGAGAGCAAGCCUGAAUUUGAGCGGCGGUCCUCCAGCAUCGCUGUCCUAAGGAUGAAAGCCAAAGAGCACACAGCCAACAUCUCCUGGGCCAUGUGAGCCC